GCUGUCUCCGAAACUCGCUCCUCCCCACAAUGUUGAAAAAGGUUUACCUCACUGCACCCCCAUCGAACAUCCCACUCGUUUAUCCGCAUUCGCUUGCUUGUUCAGGGCGAACCCAAGCUCGCUUUUUCGGCAGUUUUCGAGAUCCCGAGGAUCUCAUUGGCAGGCCCUGCAGGCCCUGCAGGCUGCACUGCAGCAGAAAAAUAGGGAGAGAGGGUUUAUAAAAAAAAAAAAAACUUGCCCGCCAUGCGAUGUGCUGUGACUAACGUCCCACUGUAUGCAAUCAUGAACAACUCACCUCUCAUUUUGGGCGGAAGUUCUUGCCCUGUGUCCUGUGCGGUGGGUAUUGCUCCUCACCGCGAUGGAAAAAGGACUAAGAAAAAUAGAAAGGCAUGCAGCUCUCCUGGAACUUUACCCAGCUUGCUUCCUAUGCAAGCCUUGGGAAAGGGGCAGAAAAUAUCCAGGAAGACACGCAUACAACACCACCUAUCUACCGACCAGUAUCGUGCUGGCCUUAUUACAAUUACGGCACCUUACGCCGCGGGAAAUGGAAUGCCCCCCAGAGACAUACCUGCUGCAGUGUACUCGAGUACGAGUGCUCGUGCUUGUGCUGGCAGGGUACGGUACUUCCGCGCAGAAACGGCCAAGCUCGCAAUUGGGCGGAAGGUCUGGGCGUGUGAUAACAAUGGCAUAUUAUACAAGCACUAUCAACGUGCAAAGCGCACUUUUUUCCCGCCGCGAUUUUGCCGCCGAUAACGGGGUAAACCCGAUUCUGGUAUCUUGUCUAUGGCCAACAUGGACCAAGAUGCGGAAAGCCGCUUUCCGAUCCGGCGCCGGAUCGUCUCUAGUUAUGUAGAGAGAUGAUCCGUCGAAUGGCUAUCAUUAAUCCACCCAACACCCUAACAACAUCUUGCUUGAAGGGUCCCUUAACCCGUUUUCAGGCACCGGUCCUAGGUGCGGGUAGAAGUGAGUGGGAGUGAUCGGCGGCGAGGCACGAUAAUACGAGUACCGGUGUUAUGAUACCCCUAGUUAGAAUAAUUACCCGGUUACCCACAAAAACGUUGGUGGGCCUUGGGGUAUCAAGGAAAGAAGGCAAUUUGCUAAAAAUCUAAGGUUAUCCCGUAUAUUUGCUUACAGUGUCUUAAUUGCUUUCUGGGAGCCCAGUGGGGGUGAUGGAUUUCGUUGUCGAAGUCGCUUUUUCCCGUGGUUUUUGGUUGCAUCGUCCUCACGUGUUAAGUUAAGCCCACCCAUCAGUUACCAAAGAGAAUUAGUUUUCGGC